AAUCAAAAAAUCAGAUGCUUUACCUAUGAAGGGUUAUCCUUCAUUCUGCACUAAACAAACAAACAUCAUCAUCACUUUGCACCAAGCACCAAGUAGCCUGAUAAUGCGACUAUCACAAGUCAAUAAAAUUCUCUUGGGCUCCUGCAUAGUGGUUGUGCCUCUCUCCUUCUACGGCGGUCUUGCAAUUAAGGAAUAUUAUCUCUCAAAGGAGCUUGAAAAAGUAGACGACAGCCGACCACCUCCGCACGAACGAGCCAUGCGCGCGAGGAUCGUACAAUUGGAGCAAGAACGCCAAGAGCUUCUGAAAGAAGGUCAAAAUCUGGAUAUAAAAAUUCGCGACAUUCGGAAACGUAUGACGGAGGUGUGACAUGGCAACGUAAAAGAGAGCAGCAGUUUCUUGUUGCCGGAGCCUGCUGCUGCUGAACUCAUGCGCGAAAGCCAUCUACAAGAUCUUGUCCUGGCACCUCAAGAAUUGCCAAAAUCUUCAUCCGCCGCAGGGCAUCGGUAGGGCGUUGGAGUUUUGCUUUCUCAGGUUAUGACCUGAUGCACCUCGCUCCUAUAAUUGAUUCCUUGCGAUUGUUCUUGUCAAGAGGCGUCUUCAAACGGUCCCUUGUUAUUAUGUUUGAAUUCAUUCUCUCAAUCAUAUGUUCGGUUCUUCAGGCCUUUUGGUGGGGUGUGGACCGGCAUCAUCCACCGCUCUUUGCCAAUGAUCUGACAUACAGCAACAGUAUAAUCAUUUUGGCAUAGAUCACUAACUGACUAGUAGUAGAACGACACCGCCGUCGUUGCGUAUUGUCUACUCCCACUUUUCGCCUCAACUGUGGCUCAGCUCAGCGGAUUUCAGGAAUACCUUCAAGAUAAAAGAACCAAUCAAGUGUGGCAAGUGCACAGCACUGCUAACAUAAAGUUUCUCCUCAAGUAUACUAAUACAAGUGAUGUUAUUGUACCUGCAGAGUUGAGUGGUAACAUGUAUUAACAUUUGCUGUUAUGACGCGGUCGCCAAUCCUACGUAUAUUGACUAUACCUCCAUACUCGACGUUAGUCGAACUCCAGGUAACAUACAAUGAUCGACCUGUUAUUAAGACAAUUUGUCUCUUUUAAAGGCAUCCGCCAGCUCAUCAAUCGAACACAGUUUAUGACAUACAUAUCAUUAUCAUCAUUCACCCUAGGUCUACUUUCGAAACAUAGUAGAAGAGGAGUGUGCGGGAAGGUAGUAGUUCUCAUUCAUAAUGUAUAUCGCAGUGGCAACAUCGUCUUAUGUAAGGCUGGUAGCUGGUAGUGGACGCUGAUAGCUGGCCUUAUGUCGUCAUGGUGCUUUUAUCAGGUAAUCCAACAAAUUUGCUAGCCAGCAACCAGGCAGGCCAGUAUUAUCAGAC